CUGCAUCUACUAGAGGUGCAACGAUAAUAUCUUCUGGUGGAAUAAAUGGUUCUUGCGCGACAAGUUCUUCCUCUUUGUCUUCGUCCGCCUGUAGAUCUGUAUAUGCAACUGCCGCCUCAACUAGUACACCCGCUCUCUCGACGUCGUGGCAGGAGAGACGGGAAGCGAAUUUGCGAAAAUUCGAACGCAGCGACGAGACAGAGCAUCAAGCUAGGAGUUUGGAUUGGUCCUCUCGUCAGCACUUGUCAACACGAGGACGGGGGUCGACAGCACCAACACAUAAUUUUCGAAGAGGUCGGAGCAUGAGCGUGGCCGCGGCCCCGAUGGUGUUACACAAAAAUCGCCAACGCCGCACUUCUGGCGCGACGCGACCUUACUCGCGGUUUCACGACGGGAAAGAGCAGCAGAAGAGCGAGGGUGUUCAGUCGCUCCACGAGCAAAGUAGAACUUAGUACUGAUUUGGACCGACUUCAAAAAUGUUAAGGAAAUCGGAAAAAAAUCCGCAAAAAAUCCAGGCACGCCGCAAAAAAUCGACUUUGUGCCGCGGCUGCUAACGUCCACAGGCGAAGCAAAGUAGCGCGAAACGAAGUCGGUCGCCCGCGUUCUCGAAGCUCGAGAAUGCGCCAACUCGGUCUCACGGCAGUUUUUGCCGGUGUCCUGAGGCGUUAGGCCCCACCCUGGAGCGUCCGGGCUGCCAGAAAGAUUCCCGCAGCCGGGUUGGGGGCGCCGGGUUGUCAUGUUCCGCCCGGCGGGCGGUGCUCACAAAAUCGAUUUUGUGAGUACCCGCGGACAGAUUCGAUUUUGUGCGCACCCUCCGGGCACGCUUUUCGAAGAUGCCCUAUCCUCGGGCGGGGCCACACAAUCCGCGCGUGGUCGCAAAAUCGAUUUUACCAACACAAAAGCCGGAAAAUCCGGCAAAAGCUGCAAAAUUGAUUGCGUGGGGCGAAGUCGCAGAGGACGGGCCUCUGCCCGCCUUGGAUCGAUGUUUCGCUCGCACGCUACAGGCUUAGGGAUGAUCGCGAAUUCCAGAACUUGCGCCCCGAUGAAGUUCCGCACAUUCAUCGCGUUGGCCCAGCGUAGAAACCAAUGAAAAACGCCCCCCGAGCUUGUGACUUACAUCCGGGCCCAAGUUCUGAAAAGCCGCGGGAGCGGCAUGGGCCCCGUCUGCGUGUUCUGAGCUCCGUAGAGGCGCCAGGAACAGGCUCUCGGCUGGCGCGGGGGUCGCAAAAUCGAUUUUGUGAACAGACAGCCCUCGGUGGGUGCCGCGGCUCAGUCCUCGACAGCCGCUGGGCGCUUGAUGGGGCGCAGAGUCGGGGACUUUAGUUACUUCAGGCUCGCAGAAUCGUCUGCGGGUUCAAUCACCCGAGGCGCGCAAAAUCGAUUUUGUUGGCCCGCUCCUUGUGCGAUGUCCGCGUCAGUGGUGGUGCGGGCAAAAGAGGUGGCGCGGGCCUGCUAUGUGGGUAAGGCAGGUGGCUGUCCGGCUGUUUGCCAAAAUCGAUUUUCCAACUUCCUGAAAAUCCAGAGGAGCAAGUGUUCCGGAAGUCCGCGCGUUGCUUGGACUUGCCGGGACUGCCGAAAAAUCGAUUUUCCGGGUUCCGGAAAUUCCGGAAAUUUCAAAAAGUCCGGAGUUUGCGAAAAAUCCGGAAUUUUCCGAAAUCGAAAAUCGAGAUCGGGACAUCAGCAAGUCCUCGAAAUCGAAAAUCGAGUCGGAAAAUCGAUUUUCUGCUUCAUUGCUAAGGAGAACGGGCCAAACCUGGUCCAUACCAUCGGCGGAGGCAGUUGCUUACUAUCCGGUUGGUAAUCUGCUGCCAACUAUCCGGGAUGCUUACUGCUCCGGUUGCUUACUAUCCGGUAGGAUGGAGGGUGUUCAGUCGCUCCACGACCAAAGUAGAACCGGGGCAGCUGCGCCAGGUCGUGCCAGUACUAGCUACAAAAACCUCAACCGCGAGGACCCGCGUGUGGAGCACAGCCGAAGCCGAUACAGCAACUGCUUCGAUCUCAACUCCGUUACUCGUCGGGGAUCGAUGCAGAACCCGGUCGCGUCCGGCGGGUGGGACAACUGUAUUAACUUCUCAAAUGCGCCGCGUCGAGAUGAAAUUGAGAACUCGCACUCGCUCCAAAUACCUGGCACAAAUAGCAGUAGCAGCAGCAGCAGCAGCAGCUCCCAGUCGCACACGACCAGCAGUAAAGGAAACCAAGCGACGAGACAAGCGGUGUCGCAAAAUUUCCAAGGCUGGGGCAGCUCGAAAAAUAAUGAUACAACAACCACGCGGACAAAGGUCGGGGCCAGCAGUGCCUCCAAAAGUGGAGCUGCAGGAUGCGAUGGUGGAGUUGCCGACCACAUGAAGAUAAGCUGCAAAGGCGACAGUCACGGCGAGAGCAGUGCUUAUCAUGGUAGACGACACGACAGAAGGAGAGCAAGUACUUUUAAAGGCGGCCGCGGUGAUGUUGCUGGCCGCGAUGAUGUUGCUGGAUUAGCAUCGAGUUAUUACAUGAACUCGACCGCAUACCCAUACUUCGGAGGCGGGCAGCACAGCCGCUACCAAAAAAACGAGGAGACUAUGAUGAACUGCGGUCAAAAUCAUUUUCAGCCGGCACAGUCGUGCAACGCUGGUCCAGCAUCAGUUCUUGCAGCUGCGUACGAUCUUUCUACUUGUUCAAACCCUUACUAUUCAACAACUGGCAACAGCAGCGACACCGUAGUUGUACAAAAGCAAAACGGCAGCUACAGGCAGGAGUGGUACCAGCAGCGCCAGCAGCUUUCAUCAGAAAUACAAGGACUCGGUUCAGCGACUACGGUCGAGGAACUUCUAGGCUUGGAUACGAAAGAAUCGACGAGGGCCACAGUAGACGAGCGAGCGAAUUUAAAUUCGAACGCUCCUCUUUCAACAUCCUCAUCGAACUACACCCCGCAGGAGUGGGAAGCUUGGCUGCAGAGCCACGCGGCCUUCGCGUAUCAAAUACAAAAAUGUCUGGGUCUGGAAGAUUGUAACUUGUCAUGCUAGAUCUGAAUCAUGUAUAAAAUCUGUGUUCCACGAUUGCCAAAAGCUGUCCACUUUGGACCUAAUCGAGAGGCAGUUUCUCAUGCAGAAUAGGCAUGAUAGAACUAACGCAGAAUCUGUCAUGUUAUGUCCUACAUGCCAGACCUCAUGGGUCAUGCAAAAUAUGCAUGACAAACCUGGCAAUCUUCCAGACCCAGACAUUUUUACAUUUGAUAUCGCGGAUUGCAAUGCGAUCCUGGGGGGUGGAGAACGGGAACUGGAUGAACUUAUCCUGUGCAAAAGUAUCGUACUCGUAUUGCAAUCUUGCAUUACAAAUUUUUGUCUCAAGGUAAAUCCGCAUUACAAAUUUUAUUUCUCAUGCUGAGGGAAUUUGUCAUGCAUUUAUACGAGUACGAUACUUUUGCAAUUCAUAGAACUAGUUCAGGAACAAGCGACCUCGUCCUGCAAUGUCGGCUUGAUGAACCACUGCUCCCAAGGCAGUAUGAAAUCAAAAUCUUCGGGAACUACACUGGAUUUUCAGGGCAACAUGUCACCCGAUGAAUUUGUGAAAAACUACGCACUGAAGAAUGCGAGCCUACUACCGGUGAGGACGAACAAUAUUUUCGGGAGAACAUCGACCACAACAACUUCGAAGAUAGCGGAUGAUGAAAACAAAAAAUUAUCGAGCAAACAACACAUCAGCGAUGAAGAUGUUCUGGACCCUUGCAACAUUUUCGAGACAGGCACAGGAGGAUUGUCAGAGGAGACAGCGAGAAAUUUGAAUGUUGACCUUCGUGCCGGCAAUGUAGGAACAAGCAGCUGCAAGGAAGAAGAUGCUGCUGGCACCUCCUCCUGCGGGACAGCCGUCAAGCCAGCACCAGAGAUCAUGGCCGCGGGGAGUAGUUCUUGUGACGAAGAUCAUGAUCCACUAGAAAUAACAAACGACUGUCAGAUCAUGUUGAGCAAAGAUGAUUUAUUUGGAGGAGUGUCUACUUCGUCGUCAAAAAACGAGUGCGAGCUCAACAUUCAGGAGCUGGCCAACUGGCUCACGGAGGUAGCGGAAGAGGACGAUCAAGCAUCAGCAGGAAGGGACCACAGCAGUACAAAUUUGCUGUGCAACAAGGGCAAGAUGGAGGUGGACCACACUGACUGUUAUUUGAGAAAUGAUCAUGCUGACCAAGCCCACGUGUUGCAGAGUUGUAUAGAGGAGGCCGCAUGCGCAUUCAUCCUACCGCCAGUCGUAUGCAUUGCAAAAGUAUCGUACUCGUAUAAAUGCAUUACAUGUUUCCUCAGCAUGAGAAAUAAAAUUUGUAAUGCAGAUUUGCCUUGGAAACAAGAUUUGUAAUGCAAGGCCCGCAUUUGUACGAGUACGAUAGUUUUCCACAGGAUAAGUCGACAGCAGUGUUGACACCAGCGCAUCCGCAUCUUACGGAACAACGGCUACAACCACCAUAUGAACUGCAAAAGUAUCGUACUUGUAGUAAUUUUUGCACUCAUGCAUUACAAAUCUUUUUUUUAAGGUAAAUCAGCAUCACAAACUUUUUUUCUCAUCCUGUAAUGCAUUUAUACGAGUACGAUGCUUUUGCACAGGAUACACCACUAGCACAAGCACCUCUGUGCUGCAUAUCCACCGUAAAUUUCCCGUACACGUACAAAUGCAGUCUCUGCAUGACAAAACUUGCCUUCCGUCCUAGUCUAGCAUGACAAGUUAGACACUGCAAGUUAGCGAAAUUUGUCAUGCAUUUUGUACAUGUACGGGAAAUUUACAUUGCAUGCUGCAAGAACAGGGUGAAGUAGAUUUAACCUCAUCAACUUCGCCCUCUUCCAUCAAAGAGGAUGCUCACAUCGCCUCAAACACGAACUCGUCGUCGUCCACGACUUCCAAUAUGAAGAGCGGUGUCGUUAUGGAAGCGUCAGGUUUGAAAUCGACAAAGUUGAAAUAACUUGUAAUGCAUAAUAUCGAUACCAAAUGGAAGCCCUAUUUCUAAGCGGCGCAUGACAAAUUUGAGUAGAGCCGAAAUCCAGUUUGUAAUGCUGGUUGGGUAAGGAAGACGCCUUUUGUCAUGCUACUUUAGCAGCUCUACUUCUACCCCGAAACAGGCUUACAAUCUGCCUCCCUUGCCUACUCUGCAAGACAGGCAUUUUCUGCGUUGCAUUUUAUGCAUAACAAACUAUUUCAACUUUGACGAUUUCAAUCCUGACACUCCCAUAGUCGUUGACCCCAAACUGCGUAAGCUCUGGACAACUGCGACAGGUAGUUCCAGUGGGCAAGCGGUGCCGACUGUCAUGCACGCUGCACCGCCUCCGCCGAUACCGCCUUUAACACGUUGCAGGCGACCUUCCUCUUCCGUGGUCCCCGUCCCGGUUGUAUCAAAUGUAAAAAUGUCUGGGUCUGAAAGGAUCCAAACUUGUCAUGCUAUCUUUGGACUCUAAAAAAAUCUGUAUUGCAUGACCAGGAAGAGGAGCCCAGACUGUGCUACCCCUACGUGGAAAGGGCAUUUGUAAUGCGGAAUAGGCAUCAGGAAGCCCUCUAAAAAUCUGUGAUGCUAGGUCGUGCAUUACAGACAUUCUGGGUCAUACAAAGCAUCCAUGACAAGUCUCAGAAUCUUCCAGACCCAGACACUUUUGCAUUUGAUAGGUUGGAAGGAGCCAACACGUCAGCAGUUCCAGUUCGAGUUCGUCUUUCGGCGGGACGAGGGUAGUUGUAGGACCUCCUCUUGCAGCGAAGAAGAACUACAAGAGACCUUCUACUUCUCUGUCGCGAAGAACAUUAAACAAGCGGAUGUCAACAUGCGCUCCUGCAGGUAAGGGCAGUUCGUCCUCCUGCUCCUCUUCUUCUAAAAGUAGAAGUACGUCGCAGCAUCUUCAAGGGAACAUGAAAAACUUAUCAAAAUGAAAAAUCCCCCCUCCCCAUAUCGAAACGAAGUCUGUGAUGCUUGAUCUGCGUACACAAAUCAGAUUUGUCUUGCUGGAGAGGACUGCAGGCCCACAGCAAGCCUGAAUACAGAGGUUUUGGCCUAGGCACUUAGCAUGAGAAACGUCUGCGCUGUAGGCCCAACAGCAUCACAAACCGCCUGCGUAAUACGGCGAAGCCUGUGGAAUUGCCUUCUUGCAAGACAGACGUGAUUUGUGGUCGCAAAUCAGCAUUGCAAAUUUUCUGCGACGUACCUUGUCGAUAUGGGGAGGGGGGAUUUUUCCCCACGAUAAAACUGCGCCGCAGACAGAACUGGCGCUGGGGGAGAGGGUUGCACUUAUUUCAACGGAGGAACGCCCGAGGAUGAUGAAGGAGCUGAGCAGGAAGAUGACUUUGAUGAUGCUCAUGCCAGCAAAAAGCGCCGCACUACGUUGUCGCGUAGCAGAGUAAAUGUGGCAAGAACAGAAAAUUAUGACCAGCGCGCGGCCGAGUCAGUAGCACCAGGUCCGCCUCUAUCAAAGAAAAAAAGUUCGUCACGAUCACUCAUGCGCAUUCUUGCAAUACAAAAUUGUUUGCCAUGCGUAAAAAUGCAUCACAGCCAAACUUCAUCAGGGAUUUCCCUAGUGUUUCUGCAAUACAAGGAAAGUUUUUGAUGCUGAGAAAAUUUGUAAUGCAAAACCUGCAAGUUGGUGACUGUGACAAACUUUUUUCUCUCCAUAGCCUCAGCAACACCUGCUGUCGAAUAGAACAAGGCCGGACCAGGACCCAGCACACCUGUCUGGAAAGAAGAUGAACGAUCCUAGUGGGGUGAAAUCACUGCCCUGGUUUGCGAAGCGGCCGUUCGAACCGAACUUGAUGGAUGACAAAGUUCUCCUGGUGGGCAACGCAGCUCGACGUCCCUGUGGUCCUUCCGCUUGUACUUCCUCAACUUCGACCUCAUCAUCUUCGUGCUCGCAGCACAUGAUCAACGUACACCCCUAUAUUAACCGUUUUGACACAACUUCUUCCACCCGUCGCCCUGCCCGUAUGAGUGUUGCUUUGCUGAGAGGUCGUUGUCCUGGUGUUUCAACUACACGUACGGAUGAAUCUUCUUCAACUACGAGGGGCUUCGGUACGCGACAUCUUCUACCCGCGUUCUCGUCUUCGUCGUGUAGUAGCAAAAAUCGGAAGUCUACUGGCCAUUUAGGUCCAAGUGGGAGGACAACAUCGACUGCGAUAUCAAACCUGAUGCCCGCGUCGAAUUCGCACUAUCACAUCAGUCGCUGCUGCAACGCAUGCGGAAAGCGAUGGACUUCUACACACAAUGCAAGGAACGAGUUUUUGCCGAAACAGAUGACAUCAACCCAGGAGCAGUCAAACUCGAAGAACAAAAAGAAGGAAACAAAAGACGCAUCUUGUUCCUACGGCUGCCCCAGCACCGGCGCAGAAAGAACGUCACUGCAGAGCAGGCCAGAAGAUCUUCUUCAUCACGCAAGUUCAUCUUGCACUGACGCAGCAGCUUCCACGUCGACUAGCACCACGUCAAGAACUUCUACCUCAGUACGCUCAUCUUCAAGUAGAUCACCCGCCUGGUACCAAUCGCUUUACGACCCGAGGAAGAUCUUUUGUGUGGACUGUAAACCGAAACACGCCAUCUUGCUCUCUGUGAACAUGGUGCGAAAGAUAUUUUUGAGCUGAAUUUAUUUUCCUGAGGAUGAUCACGACGUGGCCAACUACGAGGUGAAAGCUGCAGAAGUAACUGUCUCUUUACAGGAUUUUACGUAGAUGCGCAGUUGUACCGUGCGAAACAAGAAAACGGAUUCGGUGGUGUCGCUCCCCAAUUUCUACCAGAAAGACGAUCCGUAGUGCGACGAGCCAUGCCGCUGGUCAAUGUUUCAGCGUCCCUCUUUCUGAUGUGGACGGUGCAAGUUUGUUUUUCUUUGUGUUUGUUGUAGUCAGCGAAAGGAACAAGUAGAACAACAUCCAAAAUAUAUUAUAAGCUCGUGGUUUGUCAUCGUCGACAUCGUCUCAAAUAAACGCACUCUCCGCAACCAUCGUACUAGUAUAUUUAAAUCGAAUGACAAAUUUCCUCAACAUGAGAAAUUACAUUUGUAAUUGCGGGUUUACCUAAAGUAAGAAAGCAAUUUGUAAUGCAUGACUGCGAUUAGCUUUGUUUCGUCUUACGUGCGGGCGGUGUGGCGUCGUGGUCUGCCGCGUCCCACCUCGAACAGGAGACGGUGCAUUUUUCGGAUUUUUCGCAGAAACUAAAGAAGCAAGCUUUGUGCAAUUUGCAGAAAUCGAUGCAAAAUUACCUUCCGUCUUACGCGCGGGCUGUGCGGCGCCGCGGCCUGCCGCGCCCCGCCUCAAACAGGAGAAGGUGCAUUUGACUUUUCGCGCAAAAUAUAGCAGCCGAGGCUGGCGGAUCUCGAGCCUCCUUUUAUUUUUUGACGAGCUCAGCCUGGUUACGUCCAAUGUUU